UGGAAAAGCCCAUGGAUGGAAAAGCCUGGAACAGCUCCAAGAGUCUCGGGCGACUGUCAACUUCCAAGCGGUGUCGUGGGAAAAGCAGUCGCGGCCUCGGAAGGCCCUCGGAACCAAAGCGCCGGUCUCCACCUGUCGGGGACAGCGUUUCCAGAGCACCGCGGGGCGGGGCCAGGCCAGUGGAGCUGGAUUCACUGCAAUCGAUUAGAGCUGCCCGGGUGCCCGAGGGCGCGCAGAGGCCCGGUCGCGAGCUGCCAGACCAUGCUGAGCAGAGUGUGCGGCCGGUUCGCAUCAGCGCUGCGAGGGACACGCGCGCCGCCGUCCGCGGUCACCCUGAGGUGUCUGCACGCGUCCAGCUCGCGGCCGUCCACAGAUAAGAGCGAGAGGACGGAGAAACCGCCCCGCGCCUUCGACCAGGCCUUGUUGGAGUUUCUGGUGUGUCCGCUCUCUAAGAAGCCGCUCAGAUAUGAAGCAUCGACAAAUGAAUUGAUUAAUGAAGAGUUAGGCAUAGCCUAUCCAAUUAUUGAUGGGAUUCCUAAUAUGAUACCACAGGCAGCUAGGAUGACACAUCAAAAUAAGAAGCAAGAAGAAGUGGAGCAGCACUAG